CUAAUAAUAAUAACCUCGUAAUAACCUGAACUGUGGAACUGGUCUAAGUACAAACUCCAUUCACCGACUCUGGAUUUUUCUCAAAUGGGCUAUCAAAUCCUGAGAACACCACCUCUCUCUUCCUCCAAAACCUUAAUCUUCUCUAAGCUCGUUUCUCCACCAAACCUUGCUCCCCCCUCUCUCUUCAAAACCCAUUUCAGACCCUUUGUUUCAAAACCCAUUGUUACUGUUCCCAAUUCUGUAACUGGGUUUGGUGGUGCAUCGUUUCAGUUUCAGCAGAGUAACCGUAGCUUCCGUGGUGGGGUUGUAGCCAUGGCUGCUGCACCUGGGUCGUUCCAGAAAUCGGAGGAGGAGUGGCAGGCCGUACUCUCGCCUGAGCAGUUUCGGAUUCUGAGGCAAAAGGGCACCGAAUAUCCAGGCACUGGAGAAUAUGACAAGUUCUUCGGGGAGGGAGUUUAUCAGUGUGCAGGAUGUGGAACUCCUCUCUAUAGGUCCACAACCAAAUUCAACUCUGAUUGUGGUUGGCCAGCUUUCUAUGAAGAUCUCCCUGGAGCCAUAAACCGCAAUGUAGCUUCCGUUCUCUUGUUUUGUAUUUCCCCUUUUUUUCUCAUGUUAAUCUUUAAGUUCUUCUAAAAAAUCAUUUUGAUAAAUUUAUUAACUAGAUCUUAAUGUAAUCGGCCUGACCCAGAUGGCAUGAGGACUGAAAUUACAUGUGCAGCUUGUGGUGGGAAUCUAGGCCACGUGUUUAAAGGUGAAGGUUUUCCGACACCUACAGAUGAACGCCAUUGUGUCACUAGCAUAUCGCUUAAGUUCGUUCCAGCAAAUUCUUAUGCUUCCCAGUGAAGUCUAUUCUAAUAUUAUGUUCAUGCUGUUGUAAAUGAGUUUACCAAAAUAAAAGACUAAUGCUGCCACA